CCUCACGAUCUCUCUCUCUCUCUCUCUCUCUCUCUCUCUCUCUCUCUCUCUUCCUCUCUUUCUCAUUCUCUCUCCUAUAACUCGGAUCACCACAUGACUCCAUCUCCUUCCCGUUACCAGAACCAAAAUCCCUAAAAUUUUCCCCAACCCCUCAUUUUUUUUUGCUCUUCGAUUUUUAGAUCCCUCAAAAAAGACAUUUUUCUUCUAAACAUUCUCAAAGGCUUGAGGGGUCUGGGGGUUGAUUGAUGUCUGUGGUAUCUGGAGCUGUAUCGGGUUCCAGGGACAUGGGUUUCGACGACAAGAACAAGGAAGGAGAUGAAGGUAAUAACACCUCCAGACCGGUUUCGUCUCAUCAUCACGAUUCCACCGACGACGAGGCUCUUGGAUCCUUGGGAAGACAAAUGAGCGAAUCCUCUCUCUGCGCUACCGAGGAAGAAGAAGACGACGAUUCCAAAUUACAAUUGGGUCCUCAGUACACUAUCAAGGAGCAUCUCGAGAAGGAUAAGGAUGAUGAGAGCCUGAGGAAGUGGAAGGAACAGCUCCUGGGAAGUGUUGAUGUCACCAACAUUGGAGAGACUCUUGACCCCGAAGUGAGGAUCCUUAGCCUCGCCAUCUUAUCUCCUGGAAGACCCGACAUUGUUCUUAUGGUUCCGGAGAAUGGAAAUCCAAAGGGCAUGUGGUUUACUCUGAAAGAAGGGAGCAAGUACAGCUUGAAAUUCACAUUUCAAGUUAACAACAACAUUGUCUCUGGUCUUAGGUACACCAAUACAGUUUGGAAGACCGGUGUUAAAGUGGACAGAGGAAAGGAAAUGCUCGGAACAUUUAGUCCUCAGUUGGAGCCAUACAACCACGUGAUGCCAGAAGAGACCACUCCUUCUGGCAUGUUUGCUCGAGGAUCAUACUCUGCAAGAACUAAGUUUCUUGAUGAUGAUAAUAAGUGCUACUUGGAGAUCAACUACAGCUUUGACAUCCGUAAAGAAUGGCCUGCGGUUUGAAACUCAAGAACAAGAUAUUUCUCUCCUGAGAUGUGAUUGUCAGUAGAAGUUGUGUUUGUUUCACGCCCUAUCUCCUUUUUUUCGUUGAACAUAUUAUUGUGAAUCGUUUUCCGAUCAUCGUAGAACAAAACGACAUUUACUUUAUUAAUCUUGGAUCUUGAUUUUUGUCCAGUAAUAUCUGUGUUUGUUCUUAA